UAUUCAUUUCAAAGUUAAUUUUCUCUCUCUUCACCAAAGAAAUCUGGAAAACUCAUUCUCAAACAAACCCUAGCCGCCGCCUCCUCCCUCCUUCAGUGUGUCUCCGGCGGUCGUUACAUUGCUCCACCAUCUUCAUCCUCUCCUUUUCAUCUGUAAUUAUACUCUAUCAAAAAAAUCAGGAUCGGACAACCUUCGCCGGUGACCACCACGCCGGAGCUUGCAACCACCGCCCCGGAAAAGAGCUUACGUGUUUUCAUCCCAAUCUUGUAUGUUGUCCAGAUCUGGGUCAGAAUUUUUACACAAACACUUAAACCUGGGCUGUUGUCUUCAUCAAGGUGAUUUGAUUACAUUUGAGUGAGUUCCCACAACACAAUGACUAUUGGUAAUAUUUUUAAAGAUGAAGCCAGCGAAGAGAAAGGAGAGCGAGCAAGAAUGUCAUCUUUUGUUGGGGCCAUGGCUAUUGCUGACUUGGUUAAGACUACCUUAGGCCCAAAGGGAAUGGAUAAAAUUUUGCAGUCAACAGGUAGAGGCCGUGAAGUUACUGUCACUAAUGACGGUGCUACAAUCUUGAAGUCCCUUCACAUUGAUAACCCAGCUGCUAAAGUCCUCGUCGACAUUUCUAAAGUUCAAGAUGAUGAAGUUGGCGAUGGAACUACCUCUGUUGUUGUAUUGGCUGGCGAACUUUUAAGGGAAGCAGAAAAGCUCGUUGCAGCUAAAAUUCAUCCCAUGACUAUAAUAGCAGGUUUCCGAAUGGCAGCCGAGUGUGCUCGUAGUGCUUUGGUAGAGAAGGUUGUGGACAACAAAGGAGACGCUGAGAAAUUCAGGUCAGACCUGAUGAACAUUGCAAGGACUACUUUGAGCUCCAAAAUUCUCUCACAAGACAAGGAGCAUUUUGCAAAAUUAGCUGUAGAUGCUGUAAUGAGAUUAAAGGGAAGCACAAAUUUAGAAUCUGUCCAGAUUAUAAAGAAGCCUGGAGGAUCAUUGAUAGACUCAUUUUUAGACGAAGGAUUUAUUCUUGACAAGAAAAUUGGUCUCGGACAACCCAAACGCAUAGAGAAUGCAAAGAUACUGGUUGCAAACACUGCCAUGGACACCGACAAGGUGAAGAUAUAUGGAGCUCGUGUUCGUGUUGACUCUAUGGCUAAAGUUGCUGAGAUUGAAGGAGCCGAGAAGGAGAAAAUGAAAGAAAAGGUGAACAAGAUCAUAGGUCAUGGCAUCAACUGUUUUGUUAACAGACAGUUGAUUUACAAUUUUCCAGAGGAGCUCUUUGCUGAUGCAGGAAUACUGGCUAUUGAACAUGCUGAUUUUGAUGGUAUUGAGCGUUUGGCUCUGGUAACUGGUGGUGAAAUCGCAUCAACGUUCGACAACCCUGAGUCUGUUAAGCUUGGGCAGUGCGAACUUAUUGAAGAGAUUAUGAUUGGUGAGGAUAAAUUGAUUAAGUUUUCUGGUGUUGCAAUGGGGCAGGCAUGCACAAUAGUUUUGAGAGGUGCUAGUCACCAUGUUCUUGAUGAAGCUGAGAGGUCAUUGCAUGAUGCCUUGUGUGUGCUAUCUCAGACUGUCAAUGACAGCAGGGUGUUGCUUGGAGGUGGGUGGCCUGAAAUGGUAAUGGCAAAGGAAAUUGAUGCAUUGGCAAGGAAAACUCCAGGAAAAAAGUCUCUUGCAAUGGAGGCAUUUUCUCGGGCUCUCUUGGCUAUACCAACAACCAUUGCUGAUAAUGCUGGUUUGGACAGUGCUGAGUUGAUUUCUCAGCUCCGCGCUGAGCACCAGAAUGAGGGAUGUACUGCUGGAAUUGAUGUCAUCUCUGGUUCUGUUGGAGACAUGGUUGAACGGGGGAUUUGUGAAGCAUUCAAAGUCAAGCAGGCUGUAUUGCUAUCUGCAACAGAGGCAGCUGAGAUGAUCCUUAGAGUUGAUGAUAUCAUAACUUGUGCUCCAAGGAGGAGAGAAGACAGAAUGUAAAAAUCUAGUGAUCAUCCAACUUCAGAUGGCGAAUUCCCGACUUAUUCCAAAAAUUUUCAAUGUGGGUCAGCAACCAAAAGAAUCAUCAUAGAAUUGUUUAAAUCAAGUGGUCACAAUUGAACUUUUUAUGUGCUUGUUUAAAUUUUGAUUGUUGUUAUGUGCAUUUCCAGUUUCACCAAUUGGAAUUUUGAUCAUGUCUUUAAUGUGUGUAUUAGUCUAGCUGCGAAUUGGAAUCUUACUAUUUGAUAUAUUGUUUGAAUGUUAGUGUAAGCUUUUUAAAGUAUUAUGAUGUGUUGUCACAA